GCAGCGACCUCAUCCCUCCACUCUCGCCGUAACAGCACAGACAAGCCCUAGGGUUUUAGCACUGCUCGAGCGCGCGCCCGGCGACGCAAACCCGCAGACAAACUUUCCGGCCAUGUCGGCGGCGGCAGCAGCUGCGGACACGUACUCCCCGGCCGCGGAGGCUGGGAGCAAGCGCCGGGAGAGGAGGGAGGAGCUGCGGCGCCACCUCGCCGAGGAUGCCGAUUGGCCCCGGGCCGACGGCCGCUCCUUGCACGACUGCCGCCCCGCAUUUAUGCAAACAGGGCCAACUACUGCUGCAUCAGGGUCUGCUUAUGCAGAAUUUGGGAAGACAAAGGUCAUUGUGUCAGUGUUUGGCCCAAGGGAGAGCAAGAAAGCAAUGCUGUACAGUGACACUGGUAGGCUCAAUUGCAGUGUGAGCUAUACAACAUUCGCCACUGGUAUACGUGGACAGGGGCUGGAAAACAAGGAGUACUCUGGAAUGCUUCACAAAGCCCUGGAAGGCGCAGUAAUGCUACAUACUUUUCCGAAGACAACUGUUGAUGUUUUUGCGUUGGUUCUUGAGUCUGGUGGCAGCGAUCUUCCCAUUAUAAUAUCUUGCGCUAGUCUUGCACUGGCAGAUGCUGGGAUUAUGAUGUAUGACCUUGUUACAUCAGUAUCCGUGUCCUGUUUAGGGAAGAACGUUAUCAUCGAUCCAACCUCAGACGAGGAGGCAUGGCAAGACGGAGGCCUCAUGGUAUCUUACAUGCCGGCCCGCAAGGAGAUUACACAACUUACGCUGACUGGGGAGUGGACUGAUGGCAAAAUCACCAAUGCAGUAGAGCUCUGUAUGGAUGCUUGCAGUAAGCUCUGCGAGAUAUUGCGGGAGCGCUUGAAAGACCCCGCGAGCUUGGCGAGCGAAUGACAUUUGAGCAGACACAUGUUUUCAGAUUCGCAACAGAUAUCCUUAGCUGUAGAGGUUUUGUAGGGAAGGAGGACAGGGCUGAUGUUUGGAGGAGCACAAUGUACAUGGCUGUGGUGAUUGUUUCUUUUGGCAAAAGAGCGGAUCGUUUAGCCGAGAGAAAAUCUUGUAGGUGUGCUAGCCAUGUCUUGCAGUAUGCAUUCGAAACCUUGAGACCUUUCGGAACUUUGUAUCAUUCUAUGGAUUGUUUAUGAUGUCAAAGCUAUUGCUUUGUAUUUUGGGCUGACAGCCUGGGACUGGGAUGCUAUAUAAUUCUGUGCUGCUGCUAUGUAGUA